AUGACUUCCUCAUCAAACUCAGACGCCCCCGAAGACGCAUCUUUCAGUACCAUGGACGAAAAAGAUCCAACAUUAAUAGGAGUUCACUGCCAAUACGAAUAUUGCAAUCAACUUGAUUUCCUCCCAUUUCGUUGUGAAUCAUGUCGAGGUACAUUUUGUCUCGAUCAUCGAACAGAAUCCGGCCACCAUUGUUCACGACCUGGCGAAUGGGCAGCCAAGCGCAGGCUUGCCAAUCAAUCUAAGCAUUCACUGGGUGAAGGGAAAAUGAUGGCAGAUGUCGAAAAACCAUGCGCAUCACCGACAUGUAAAACGACCAUUGGAACGAGUUUAUCAACAGGUGUACAUUGUUCUACAUGUAAUCGCGACUACUGUCUGAAACAUCGAUUGAGGGAAGAUCACAAUUGUAAAAACCUCAUACCGAUCGGUGCAAGAGUCGGCAGGUUCAAUGAACAACAAGCAACAGCAAAAUUAGCCUUGGGAAAAUUGAAAGCUUGGGGAGCGUCACAAAAAGCAAAGGUCGCAUCAACUCGAGUCCUACCUGAACCCAAACCUUCAUCCGCAGCUGCAAGAUUGGUAGCAGUCAACCAACUUAAAAAGACGGCAAAGGGGGAUGCGAAGAUACCUCCGGAAAAGAGAGUAUAUAUAUACGUGGAUGCAGAAGCUGCGACGACGACUUCGAAAUUUCCCAGUGGUGCUUUCUUUUACUCAAAAGAUUGGGUGAUGGGUCGAGUUUUGGAUGCAGCGGCAAAGGGACUUCAAGUGGAGAAUGUCAAUAAUCAAGGAACCGAUGAGAAAUCAAAGCUUAGAAUCUUUCAUGUUGAAGCUGGAAGGUUAUUGGAGUUUAAUGAAAAGGUCGGAGAUGCUUUGGUUAGUGGUAAUCGUAUAGUAUUGUUAAGAGGAGUCGGACCAGCUAUACCUAAUCUUAUAGUGGCAUGA